AAAAUCAAAAAACUACUUCAGAUGUCCAACAAGAUCAUUAUUGUCGGCGCAGGUCUUUCUGGUCUCACACUUGCAAACUCACUCAAGAAACAAGGCAUCCCUUUUGAAAUUUAUGAACGUGAAGCAAGUUUUGAUGCUCGCGCACAGGGCUGGUCUAUCUCAAUUCAUUUUGCCUUGGAAGCCUUGAAACAAUGCGUCCCCGAGAAAGAAUUUGAAAACUUUUCUCAAAAGGUGUCUGUCAACCAAGAAAGUAAAGACGGUGGUAUGUCCUUUAGUUUCAUUCACGCAAACACAGGCGCAGUGGGUAUGUCCAACACUUCUAAGCCCGGUACGUCCUAUCGUGUUCAUCGGUCUCGUUUCAGAAAUUGGCUGUUAAGUCAAGUCCAGGAACACGUCCAUUGGAACAAGAAGGUGGAUCAUUACCAAGAAGAUUCGAAUGAAGUGACUGUAUUCUUUCAAGAUGGUACUCAGGCAACUGGCAGCAUACUUGUAGGCGCUGAUGGUGUCAUGUCUCCUAUUGCCCGCCAAUUAUUAGGCCCCGAGAAAUUUGAUGAAUUAACAAACAUUCUUGAUGUACGUGCAUUUGGCGUCUUGCGAUGGGCUACGGAAGAAGAAUGGAACAAGAUCUCCAAGGAGCCUACUCAUCUCUGUGUGCUUAACGGUCAACAAAUGGAGGAUGAUGACAUCAAACACAAGACAUUUAAUAUGUUUUGUUCUAUUCAUGAUAUCGAUCGAUCGCGUGCUGACACACCUUAUCAAGUGUUUUGGUCACUCUCCAGAUACGACCCUGAAGGCGUUAUCCCCAAAUUUGAAGAUGAUAACACAGCUUGUUUGGAGCUGAUGAAGGCUUGGGCUCGAAAUGGAUUCCCUGCUGAUUCUCCGUUUAGGCAAUUAAUUUUAGACACACCGCAAGAUACAAAGGUAACCCCGCUUGUCAUUCGUGAAAGAAGUCCUACUGCUGAGCUGACCGCUGCGCAUCGCGUUGUAUUGAUUGGCGACUCUGCUCACCCCAUGACGAUGUUUAAGGGAGAAGGCGGUAACCAUGCUAUUGUAGAUGCAGCUAAAUUAGCCGUACAACUCGGGGAAUAUUAUCAUAACACAAAGUCUAAUGAAAAAGCUCUCUCAGACUACUACGAAGAAAUGAUUCCUAGAGGUCAGAAGGCUGUAAAAGAGUCUCACGAUGCUGCCAUGAUGGUUCACUGUAACCCAGAGAUUAUGACGAAAAUGUUUAAAACUGCGUAAAUGUUACACGACAGGCUAAGUAAAACAGAGUCUAUCAUCAUGUUUCGGCGGAAUAA